AUGGGUUUUUGGUGGCAAUUUCUGGAGGUUUAUGGGAGAAUUUAUAAAGCAACAAAACUGCAGACUUCUUCACCCUCUGGACUUUCAGCCAUGUAUGAAUAUGCGAAUAUUAAUUCAAAACAAGCUAAUUAUUUUGGAGAAACCAUUUAUGGAGCUGGUUCCGUUGUAAUCGAAAGCGAAUCGGGAGCUUAUGGAGAGAAGCUCUUGCGAUCAGUCUCAGUCUAUGUGUAA